GAUGUCAGUGCCCCGCGAGAUUCCUGCGACAAACGCUGUAGUGAUCGAGGAAGUCAGUCCUCCGCAAGACACUCGCCGACGACAAGUGCAUUUACACCGUUUGUGGAAUUAUUUUAUCCUCGAUUGGAAUCGGCAUCGAAUCGGUUGGAAUUAUCUUCGGGAAAAUCAGAUUCUCGGGAGACGAUCGUCGGUUUGAAUUUCCCGCUUCUGUUGAUCGCGAAGCCGUUCAUCGUUACCGAUUUCUGAAAAUCGACAACCGAUCUUCGAGUUUAUCUCUUCCGAUCUAUCUGUAGAAUCAUGUCCAAAAUAAUUGAGACCAGUUUGGCCCCCGGCGGCCAAGAGGCGCUCACCCAGAGACUUCAGACUGUACCGACUCUUAAAAUCGGAUCGGUUGAGCUCCGCUUUGAACCCGAAGGACUCGACGAGUUUUAUGAAAAUAAGGCCAGGGAAGAACUCAGGGAAACCGACGAUGUCGUUGCUCAGGGACUUGAAGGUCUCAGGGAACUUCUCAAAGGUGAAACGGACCUGAUUGUGCCAGCCGAAUCUGAUGAAUAUUUGUACAGAUUUCUAAGACCUUGUAAAUGGUAUCCGGAAAGCACUUUCGAACUGAUGAAGCAUUUCUACGGAUUUCGCAAAGCACAUCCUCACAUAUGCGAUGGUUUGGUGCCCAGCAACCAGCGGAAGAUCCUGGAAUCCGGCAUCAUCACCCCUCUUCCUCGGAGGUGUGGCGACGGUGUAAGACUAAUGCUAAUCGAGGGUGGCAAGAGGUGGAAACCCAGGGAAAUCACCCUCGACGAAAUACUCAAGGGGAUCGUGCUCGCCCUCGAGGCAGCGAUGUCGGAGCCGAAAACCCAGGUUUGCGGAGUGCGAGUGAUAAUUGACAUGGCUGGACUCUCCUUUUCGCACGUGACUCACUUCACCACGAGUUUUGCCAGGACACUUCUUGAGUGGGUACAACGUUGCCUACCCUGUCGCCUGAAGGGUGUUCACGUGAUAAAUCAACCCUAUGUGUUCAAUGUCGUCUUUGCAUUCUUCAAACCCUUCUUGCAGGAAAAACUCCGGCAAAGGAUACACUUCCAUGGUACCGAUAGAAACAGUCUUCUCGAACAUAUCGACGCGAAAGCUUUGCCCGAUCGGUACGGCGGUGACUUACAAAUUCCCAACGAACCAAUCGGCACGGAGCUUUGGAGUUACUUCUGCACUUUCGAAGAAGAUUUUGAAGAAUCUAACAAGUACGGAUAUAAAUCCGUGUGAUGAGAAGGAAAAUGUUUCCACUCCAAUCAUGGUGGAAGAGAACUAAGCGGUCAAAGAAGACGUCAAAAAAUCGUGCAUGCACGAUGUAUGAAAAUAUCGGACAGACGAUGAAUGUGUUACGAUUUUUUAAAGCUGUUUUGAAACUAUAAAAUCGUCUAUUUCUAAGCUCUUUUGUUAUUAUUUAUAUAUUACGUCGGGUAUGUUUUUCUAUUUUGAACAUUCCUACGUCUCUCAAGUUUGGUUAAUGAAAUGCAUCGCAUUGAACAAAUUUUCGAUGUAACAGACGAAGUAUGUUUUAUAAAAAUAAUUAAUGCAUCGCAGUGAAUAGUCCACGUGAUAAAUUUGCGAUUAUAUAAUUAUACUUAAAUUUUAUCAAAAAAUUGAAUGAAUAAAAUAUGUGAUAUCGGACGAAUUUGAUAGCCAACCGUUUGAUUAAUUUAUCGGGUUUUUCAAGUAUACAGGUACGGAUAAUUGAUUCAUUUUGUUCGUCAGAUACGGAUGACCAAGGAAAUGAAGUGAACAAUAAACAUUUACAGUCAUCGAUAACAGUGAAAAUUGCGAUAAAGAAUGAGAGAAUAUAGUUAACUAGUAUCAGAUAAUGAGAUGAAUUAAAAAAUUAAAUUAAAUUGAAUAAACGAAGCGGGGUUUUUCAAGAGGCAGAUGCAAUUUUCGAUUAAUGCCAUAAAUAUAAUUGAUCAAUAAUUAUCAUGUGCUGAAAGCGCUGCGUGUCAGUUGAAUUUGCAGUUUUUUUUUUUUUUUGUUUUUUCUAUUUAUUCGCAUUGUUCUCACAAAUUUUUUAUAAAACUUCUAUUUUCCUUUAUAAAAAGAACACAUACGUAGAGAUCUGUACAAAAAAAAAAACAAAACACAUUAAUAACAGUUAAUAAUGAUAGUAAAAUUAACAUUAUUUAUAAUAA